AUGACCGCAGCCCAACUCGGACUACCAGAGUCAUUUACACCUCCAAGAUAUCGCUUCCCCACGCGCAUGUUCCCGGGCACCAACUCUGGGGAAUGGGAACCAGUCAAGAUCCGGUCGAAGAUUACAACCAAGCCGAAAGUGGUUGAAGCCAUCCCUAAGAUUGAGCCCGUCGAACCAGUACCGACUGAAGUCGACUCGAAGCCCAAAGUCCCGACGGAUGGAGAGUCGCAGAAGCUCGAGCCAAGGGCCGACCAGGCAAACGGAGACCAGCCCAGGGUCGAGCAAGCCAAAGCGGAAGAACUACCAAAGAUUGAACAGCCGAACGGCGACCAACCGAAAACCGACCACCACCAGGAUGCCGACAAGUCUAGCGGCGAAAAUUCGAAUGGCGAUCCGGUCGCUGGGGCAGAUGUCGAGAUGAAGGAAGCGCCUCCUGCUGAGGAAGGUCCAGGACCAGAAGCACAAGACACAGAGAUGGAACCAAUUCCUAUAGAACAAUCGCAGACCCAACCAGAACCUGCUCAAGAAGACCCGCUUGCUACCACCAGUAUCGAAGACGACACCGCCGAGUCAUUCGAAGAUGACCACUGGUCCACGGAAGGUGCAGUUUACCCCAUAGUGGCAGGCCGCAUAGAAAACUGGUCCUGCUUCUUCGCCCUUCUCAGCCACAUCUACAACAUGAUCUCCCCUCCAUUCCACAUGCCGGUAUUGUUCGUCGCGCAACCGUGUUGGUCAGCCCGCGAUCACGAAAUGAUUACCCAAUAUGUCUUUGAGAACUGGAAGAUCCCCGCAUUCUGUCUCAUGGAUUCGGCCUUGACAGCUUGUUACGCGUAUGGAGUGCCCACAGCGCUGGUAGUGGAUGUCGGCCAUGAGAAAUGCGACGUUAGUGCUGUCACGGAAUUCCAGGUCAAUGAUAUCGGACGCGGCACGGCUCUCGCCGAAUGUGGGGGGCGAUCUAUGACUAGGCGGCUACUAGAGGCGCUGGAAAAGCAAGGAUUUGACGAGGACAUGGCCGAGCAGCUAAAGAAGAGUCCGAUUUGCGAAAUUCUAUCCCCGGGUACACCUUAUCCGCAAGCUACACCGAAUGGCAAGCCUGCUCCUGCUGUUAACCCAGCUGCCGCGGCUUCUACCGGAGCAUUGGAUUCUGGAGCCGGCGCGAAAGAUGGGGAGGGACUGAGACCCGGACAGGCGCCUCGAGGACCUGGCGUUGGCACGACCGUUGGUGAAGAAGGCGCUAACGGAGAAGAUGAGAAUGAUGAAGGCGUCCUCGACGUUGCGGCCAUCGUGGCGCGCGACAAUGCCGCAGAAGUGCUUGCCAAGCGUGAACGGGAGAAGGCCGAGAAGGCAGCAGCAAAGAAAGGCUCGGCUGCCGAAGGACCCAGACCUAUUCGGCUGCGAAACUCCGAAAGAGAGCGAGCCACCUUCACCUAUGUCGACUACAUCCCCCUUGAUGAAGAAUCUGCGACCGAGCAACCGUUGAGCCGCAAACGCAAGAGAGAGGUUGAAGUUGGGGUGGAGCGAUUUAUGGCGACAAAUCCUCCGCCUGGCACGUGCGACGGUAUUAUCGAUAUCAUUGCGGAAGCGAUCCACCAUGCUAUAUUAAGCGUGCCUGACGUCCCUCAGCGGUCAAAUCUUUGGGACAAUCUGAUCGUCCUGGGCAAUGGAAGCCGAGUCAGAGGCUUCACACCCGCACUAUUAGCUGCCCUCAACUCGCGCUACAUCCUCUCACCUUCCACCGCCACAAUUUUCACCUCCGAACUUCCCUCCAACUUUAGUACUCCCGUCGCCACCCCCGGCACAAACACCCCCGUCCCAGGCCAAGGGAACCACCCUCUCCAUCACCCAGCUGGCCACGGCGUCAAUCCACUACUAGUAGCCGCCACGAAGAACAUGAUGCAACCCAACCCACAACACUUGGCCGUGCCCGGCACGUCGACCGGCAUCGGCACACCCGCCUCCCUAGACCCCAAUCACCCCUUGUCUUCGCACCACUACCGCGGGCACAGCCAAUCCCCGACGAGUAUAAAAACCGUCAAGCCGCCCGAGUACUUUCCUGAGUGGAAGAACCCGGCCGUAGCAGGCAUGGAAGAGGCGAGUUUUCUGGGCGCCCAGGUGGCGGCGAAGGUCAUGUUUAUCGUGGAUCAGGGCAACAGUAAAGGCUUUUUGAGUCGAAGCGAGUAUAACGAGUUGGGCCCGAGUGGGAUUCAUGAGUGUGCCAUGUAG